CGUCGUAGACAGGAUAGGACCCCGUCGCGGUCGCGUCCCCCUGGUCCUUGAGCCGUCGCGGACGGUGGAGCUAUGGCCUUGAGGCUGCUGAGACUUGUCCCGGCGUCGGCGCCCUUGCGCAGCCUCGCGUCCGGAGCCCAGCGCGUGGGGCAAAUUCAUACCAGUGCGCAUUGCAAGCUGAGGUAUGGGCGACUGGCCUUCCUUCUUGGUGACAGGACAACCAAAAAUCUGAAUGAGUACAGCCGAGUGAUAACGGUAGAUGGGAACAUCUGCGCUGGGAAAAACAGGCUCGCAAAGGAAAUCGCAGAGAAACUAGGCAUGAAACACUUUCCUGAAGCAGGGAUACAGUACUCAAGCAGCACCACAGGUGAUGGAAGGCCCCUCGACACGGAAUUUAGUGGCAGCUGUAGCUUAGAGAAAUUUUAUGAUGAUCCGAAAAGCAACGAUGGCAACAGCUAUCGCCUGCAGUCCUGGCUGUAUGCCAGCCGCCUCCUGCAGUACUCAGACGCCCUGGAACACCUGUUGAGCACAGGACAAGGUGUGGUCUUGGAGCGCUCCAUCUACAGUGACUUUGUCUUCCUGGAGGCAAUGUACAACCAGGGCUUCAUCCGAAAGCAGUGUGUGGACCACUACAAUGAAAUUAAGCGGCUCACUCUCCCAGAGUACCUGCCACCCCAUGCAGCCAUCUAUAUUGAUGUGCCUGUGCCGGAGAUACAGAGACGGAUCCAGAAGAAAGGAGAUCCACAUGAAAUGAAGGUCACAUCUGCCUAUCUCCAGGAUAUCGAGGAUGCCUACAAGAAAACCUUCCUCCCAAAGAUGAGUGAGAUCUGUGAGGUUUUGGUAUACAGUGACUGGGAAGCUGAAGACUCAACCAAGGUGGUAGAGGACAUUGAAUACCUUAACUACGACAAGGGGCCUUGGCUUCAACAGGACGAUCGUACCUUUCACUACCUGCGGAUGCUGGUUCAGGAUAAGAUAGAAGUGCUGAAUUUCACAGCUGUCCCUAUCUACCUCCCAGAAAUCACUAUUGGAGCUCACCAGGGUACUCGGAUCUAUGACAGCUUCAGAGAGCUGCCAGGCCGCAAGUAUGCCCCUGGGUUCAAUGCCGAGGUGGGUGACAAGUGGAUCUGGCUGAAGUGAAUGAUCCCCUCUGCCCAGGUGUGUCACAACCAUGAAGAUGUCUGUUCUACCCAACUCUAUGAACUCCUGACCUUUACAAGACAACAGGAAAGAAACAGAUGAUCAAGAAAUUGCCAGAAGAAAUGGUCUAGCAAAAUCAGUCUGCUCUGUGCUUAGAGUUGAAAGAAUCAACUUCCAUUGAAAAGGUUCUGGAACCUUCUAGUUUUGUUUUGGAAUCAUCUGGGGGAAACUAAGUGCAGCUGGUGUGCUCUGAAAGGCCAGCUCCCACUGGAGCCCAUGUCCCAGUGCUGUUUCCUUGAGCCCUCUUAGCUUCAUGAAAUAAAGCUGGCUCUCUAGCCCCC